CCCUAGUCAGCUGUUCAGUUGGUUUCCAAUCAAAAAUUUCGCAAAUCAAAAUUAUUAAUUUUAACAUUUCUACAUUUAGGUCCAUUUGUUUAUCAGUAAUAAACACAACAGUGUAACGAACAAGCAAGAUGUCGAUGCUGGCUAAAACCGUAGGACGCACUUUCUUUCAGGCAGCCGCAGUGCGCGCAUUGCAUGUGUCAGCAGCGGUCAAUGGUGCGGAGUGCUAUAAUGCAAAUAGAACCACUUGCACUUUAGUGCCUGGUGAUGGUGUCGGACCCGAAUUGGUCUAUUCACUGCAAGAGGUUUUCAAGGCAGCAAAUGUUCCCGUUGACUUUGAAGCGUUCUUUUUAUCGGAAAUCAAUCCUGUACUAAGCGCCAAACUUGAAGAUGUUGUCGCCUCCAUUCGGAAAAACAAAGUUUGCAUUAAGGGUAUUUUGGCUACACCCGAUUACAGCAAUGAGGGUGAACUGCAGACACUUAACAUGAAGCUCCGCACAGAGCUUGAUUUGUAUGCCAACGUGGUGCAUGUUCGCAGCUUGCCAGGCGUCAAGACACGCCAUGACAACAUCGAUACGGUCAUCAUCCGUGAACAGACGGAGGGUGAGUAUUCUGCCCUGGAACAUGAGUCGGUACCCGGCAUUGUGGAGUGCUUGAAAAUUGUAACCGCUAAGAAAUCGAUGCGUAUUGCCAAGUUUGCCUUCGAUUAUGCCACCAAGAAUAACCGCAAGAAGGUCACAGCUGUGCACAAGGCCAACAUUAUGAAGCUUGGGGAUGGCCUGUUCCUGAAGUCAUGCGAGGAGGUCUCGAAACUUUAUCCACGUAUCGAACUCGAUAAAAUGAUUGUGGACAAUACAACCAUGCAAAUGGUAUCCAAUCCCAAUCAGUUCGAUGUGAUGGUCACUCCGAAUCUGUAUGGUGCCAUUGUAGACAAUUUGGCCUCUGGCCUGGUCGGCGGCGCUGGUGUCGUUGCUGGUGCUUCAUACUCCGCCGAUGCGGUGGUCUUCGAGCCGGGUGCACGCCAUAUCUUUGCUCAGGCCGUGGGCAAGAAUGUUGCGAACCCAACGGCAAUGUUAAUGUGCGGCACAAAAAUGUUGCGUCACAUCAAUUUGCCAACUUACAGCGAAGUUAUACAGAAUGCCAUUAACCAAGUGCUUAAGGACGGCAAGGUACGCACCAAAGACUUGGGUGGACAGUCUACUACACAGGACUUUACCCGCGCCAUUAUUGCCAAUCUGCACUAGAUCGUUCACGACCCGAAUUCAGCUCGUCAACUGGCCGCAACAUUUGGCUGUGGCUGCCCCCAGGAUUAUAUGCAUGCAUAGAUACCAAACUUUUCAGUUAUUAGCCAAGUUAUUGAAAUGUUAAACAUUAUUUCUGAUAUUUGGUUGAUUUUCAGUAUGAUUUUACCCUCUCUCCCUCCACAUUUAAAUUCUUUGAGUAUUAUUUCUGGCGAAUAUUUAUGUUUAGAACAAUUACCUCGCCCCCUACCCCUUUCACCCGUAUUCAUUUACCCGACGAUUUUUAGUUUUACAAAUUGGCCGUAUUGUUUUAUUUUGUGAUUAUUAGAAAAACAAUCCAAAUUGGAUUCGAAUGUUUUCAACCAGCAUUAAUAUUAUGACAAGCAAAAACAAAAAUUAAAAUUAUUUUAUUAAAAACUAAAUCGAUGUGGAGCGAAAGCCACGAUGCAGAAAAUAAAACCAAAUCAA